AUGCUGCUGAUGCUGCUGAUGCUGCUGCUGCUGCUGCUGCUGCUGCUGAUGCUGAUGCUGCUCCACAAUCGUUGCGGAAUCCGCGUGCGGCGGAAGCGUCUGUAUGCGCCAAGGAAGCGAUUGCUGAUGAUCUGCGCGAUGGUGUGGUGGCGGCGGUGGUGCAAUGCAGCGCCUGCGAAUGCGCCUGAGCAGGCUGGGUGGAUGGAGCUGGGGCUGUGGCUGGGGCUGUGGCUGUGGCUGGGGCUUUGGCUGUGCGCAAAGAUGAAUGCUGUGUGGGUGCUCGUGCUCGCGCUCGUGCUCGCGCUCGUGCUCGGGUGCGCCGACUCGAAGGAGAGACACUUGUCCAAGUGCUCAUUGACCUCGCUCGCAGAGAUGGACUUGGAGCAGGAAGGACAAGCGACAAUGUCGGCGGGCCACCGCGACCGCGACCGCGAACUCUCUGAUGCCGCCUCUUGGGCGACGGCGAUCGCCAUCGUGGAUGCGCUGCUGCUGCUGCGGCCCUCGUCAUCGUCAUCGUCGUCAUCAUCAUCAUCAUCGUCGUCGUGCGCGCCAAUCGAAGGCAUCGUCGUCGUCGUCGUCGUCGCGCGCAAAGUUGAAAUCUCGCCAUCCUCUUCGUGUGCAUCAGCUCCUUGCCAUCCCGCUCCCGCGCCCGCGCCCGCACCCGCACCCGCACCCGCACCCUCCCCCACGUCCGCGCCCGCGCCCGCGCCCACGCUCCUCUCCCUGUCGUGUGCUCCAGUGGGAGCAUCCCUCGGCGCUCUUGACAUUUCCAACCCUUUCGCCCAGCCCAGCCCAGCCCAGCCCAGCCCAACCCUCUUUCAAGAGGGUGGAGUACGACGCGAGUGAUGGGGGUGCGGGUGCGCCGAGUGUGAAAUCGGCUCGGCUUCACAGACAGACAGCAAGAUAAGAUGCAAGCUUCUCUCGCUUCUCGCGAUGUGGAUUUUGCCUGCCUGCUUGCUUUGCCUUGCCUUGCCUUGCCUUGCCUUGCCCAUCAAACCCAUCCAAAUCGUCUUCUCUCAGUCAGUCAGUCGUAAACGGUGAUGAUUGAUGCAGUGCGGGGGGGAAGAUGGGAGUUCAUGUGAAUGGCUGGCGUGUGCUGGGGGCGCGGGGCAAGAGGGGGAUUGCAAAAAGCGCACGCAGCACGCAGCACGCAGCACGCAGCGAACAGCCCCGCGCCCAAUUCCACUCACGCGAGUGCUUCCUUCUCUCUCGCAAGCGCGCGCGCGCAAAUGCCAAAAGUGGAGUCAAGAGUGGAGGGG